AUGUCCCAGCAGCAGCCCAAUGGAGCUUUGCCAAAUUCUGAACAUGCUGACGAAUACUUCGACAAGCAUCCAACUCCCAAGUCGUUAUCAAAGCACCAAGCCUUAGCGCGAGAAUUCAUCCAAUAUCAUCUAGAAAACUCUCCGAAUCGACGGAUCGUCCUGGUCACUUCAGGAGGAACGACUGUGCCGUUGGAAAACCAGACAGUCCGAUUCAUUGAUAACUUUUCUGCUGGUACACGCGGUGCCACAUCAGCAGAGUACUUCUUGCAAGAAGGUUAUGCCGUUAUUUUCCUACAUCGCCAAUACAGCCUCCUACCAUACUCUCGACAUUACAGUCACAGCACGAAUUGCUUCCUCGAUUUCAUGGAAGAGUCCGAUGGCAAUGACGGACGAGUUGUUGUCCGGAAAGAAUACCAGGACAAAAUGCGGCGGGUUCUGCAGCAAUACCAAUUCGCGAAGCAGAACCGAUUACUGCUUCUGCUACCUUUCACCACAGUAACAGACUAUCUCUUUCAAUUACGCAGCCUUGCUGUUCUCAUGCGGCCUCUUGAUAGUCGCGCAUUGUUCUACCUAGCUGCGGCAGUGUCCGACUUCUUCAUCCCCAGAGAACGAAUGGAAGAGCACAAAAUCCAGUCUAGGGACGACAAAGGUGGAAGUUCAGGUUCUGGGGCCAGUCGGCAGUUGGUGAUCAACCUUGACCCGGUCCCAAAGUUUCUCAGCACAUUGGUUCAUUCCUGGGCCCCAAAGGGAAGUAUGAUAGUCAGCUUCAAGCUCGAGACCGAUCCCAACCUUUUGGUGUCCAAGGCGGAGCAAGCCCUUAAGAGAUAUCGGCAUGAUCUGGUGAUUGGCAAUCUACUGACCACGCGCAAGUGGGAGGUGGUCUUCGUCACACGAGAUGGCGGGGAGAGGUGGUUGCGAGUACCCAAGGCUCGGCGGUCCAAGAGCCUCUCUGGAGUGGAGGAAUUAGUGGGAAAGGCAGAAGGCAAGCAUGACCCAGAGCCUGUAGAUCUGGAAGGGGGCACAGUCACCGAAGGAAUGGAAAUAGAGAGCUUAAUCAUACCUGAGCUGGCUCUGAUUCAUACCGAUAUGAUAGAGCAUGGAAAAUAG